UACGCCGGACCUCAAUCUACUUAGCUCGAUGGCCUGUAACAUCUCCACACUCUGGAGCGACGAUGUUGUGACGUAUAUUGGGCGCUGUAGGGGAAAUGGGUUGUGAUCGUCACGGGCGGAGAUUCUCCGUCCCCGUGCUUCUUGGUUCUGAGCCGACAAUAACCACAGAAUCGGCCGAUAAUGCACCGCGUGAAUUCAUCCGCACCCCGGACGCGACAUCCACGACCGUCUUGUGGAGAUAGGCCCGUGGUGGAGAGCUGUCUAUUCGUAUGAUUCACGUGAAGCCGCUCUAUUGCGCCGAUGGUUUUCGUGUGGACAUUUAUCGGAACAACCACUUCCUGUCGCUGAAAGUUGUUCAUUCUGAAGUCAAGCAGAGAUAUGGCAGCAUUUGAUCACCGGCACAUUCUGGCCACGAUGCCUGAGCUCACUCUCAGUCGAGUCUGCAUCGCGCUUGUUGUUCUAUAUGGUGUUUACAAAUUCUUGCGGAUCGGCAGCCGCCAUCCUAACAUGCCACCUGGCCCUCCAACAAUACCCCUACUGGGCAAUCUGCACCAAAUCCCCGUCACCGGGCUUUACAAACAAUUUAAAGAUUGGAGCCUCCAGUAUGGUGGCGUCUACUCCUUGAAAUUUGGACCGAGGAACGUGAUUGUGCUUUGCGACAAGAAGGCAAUCCAUGACUUGUGGGACAAAAAAGGACUAAUAUACGCUGAGCGUCCGAAAAACUACGUCGCAGAUAUCAUCACUUCGGGUGAUAGCAUAGUUUUCGCUUCAAACACCGUCGAGACCAGGGAGAAACGCCGAAUCGCCACGCACAAUUUCUCGCCGCGAAUUCUUGAUGAAAAGGCGGCUAUUGUCCAAGAUGCCGAGGUGACGGUAUUGUUGCAUCAACUUUUGACGGACCCCAAGAAUUUUUACAACCAUAUAAGACGAACCACCUCUUCAAUAUCGUGUAUCCUGAUAUAUGGCCAACGAGGGCCGACGUUCGAGAACUUUUGGGGUCACGCUGUAUACGAUGCGCUCAACCUUUUCGGAGAGGCUCUGGAGCCAGGCGCGAACCCUCCCGUGGACGAAUACCCCUUCCUGAAAUUAGUACCGGAGAGGUUCGCGUUCUGGAAGAGACGAGCUAGAACAGCCGGAAAUUCGAUGCACGCUAUCUGGACGAAAGCUCGACGUUUGGUUGACGAACGUCGUGCCCGGGGAGAUCAUCGGAUCUCGCUGGCAGACAGGUUGUUGGACGAGUACAGCGAAAAAGGUUUCCCCAUGUCACAACAUGCACUGGAUCAGCUCUUUGGAGAAUUGGUCGAAGGAGGAGCGGAGACCACGUCCUCUUCCAUGUUGACAAUGACUCUAGCGCUUGCUAAAAAUCCUUGGGUGCAGCAGAAGGCUAAAGAGCAGUUGGACGCGGCGUGUGGCAAUGAGAGAAUGCCGGAAUGGGCAGACUUUGCAAAGCUACCCUACAUCAACUCAAUCGUCAAAGAAGGCAUGAGGUGGAGGCCAGCUGUAGCAACAGGCUUACCUCGUCGUACAGCCGAAGACGACUGGUAUGAAGGCAUGUUCAUUCCUAAGGAUUCUACCGUGUUCCUUCCGAUCUGGGCAGUCCAUCAUUCCGAGCGGGACGGGUACGAUGAUCCAUUCACGUUCAACCCAGAUCGCUAUAUCAAUCACCAUAAAUUGGCCAACGACUACGCGGGAAGCGCAGAUUUUAAGAAUCGAGAUAAGUUUUCCUCGUCUUGUACAUGGUGUUUGCUGACAGUCGCUGAACAUCACUAUGCUUAUGGGGCGGGCCGCAGAAUGUGCCCUGGAGUCCAUCUUGCCGAACGAAAUCAAUGGAGAAUUGUGGCGAAGCUGAUCUGGGCAUUCGAGAUCCAAGAGCCGGUCGACGCAAAUGGCAGAACUAUUUCGCUCGACCCCGAGGCUUACCAGACAGGGCUUUUGCACGCUCCCACUCCUUUUGAGGUUGUUUUCAAGCCAAGGAGCAAAGCCCAUGUUGAGAUCAUCAAGCGCAGCUUCGAGGGUGCGAUGAGAGAUUUGGCACCCUUUGAGUGA